UAUAUGCGAACUGGAUUGUAAUUGUUAUAUUAACAAUAAAUUUGAUACCGUAACUGAAAUGCACUUAGAAAUUAAACAGGACGAACAUAAAAUUUAUCAUAAUUAUGUAGAACAUAGUUUGUUCAUAAUAUUUGUUUGUGUUUUUAUUUGUGGAAUAUUCUGUAUCCUUUUCAUAAACAAAUGUCUCAUCCGAAGAAAGGUAGCACCAAAUUCUAACGUCAGCAAUCCAGAGACACUAAAUCCGACAUUUUCUUCAGCCGAUAGCGAAGUCAUGCCAUGGUACAAACGUCUGCUGCUCGGAAUUUCUCGUAAGGGAAAUACAGACGUUGGUACUGCACGAAAAAGCAAUCACUGAAAGGAACCAAGUUCUGGGCCCGAGAUUGUUCUGACUUCUCACAACUUUAAAGAUCUGUAAACGCUAUUUGCAAAUAAAAUUGAACGUUUGAACAAAAUCUACGUAUUCAAGAUUCGCGUCAAUAUUUACACUACAAAGAAAGAAAAACUUAAUAUUAUAUAUGAGAUUUGAGGUUUUUUUAUGGUUUGCGAGACAUUUACAUUUAAUUUUGUCGUGCUAGACCUGGAUAGUAUUUUUGGUUGAGUCUAAUGCUAGCAGAUUAUAUCUCAUAAGGGUGGGUUUGACAAGGACAGAUAUCGGAAUAGUAAAACAUUUUACAGACUGCAAUGCAUUCUCUUUUUCCCGAACUGUAUUACUUGUACCCCAUAUUUUCGAUAUUCCUAACAUUUAUGUGUAUAAAGUUACUAAGGAGAGCAUAAAAAUAAAGUUACAAUUUAAUUAUAAGUUCAUUAUUUAGGUGAAUGAUAAAAUUCAAAAUAAUUAUCUUUAUAUUUAUUGUAUGCAUAAAGUGCCUAUGAAACUGAAUAAAAAAAUAAUAUUUUUGAUCCCUAAAGGCAAUAAUGGCCUAAGCCACUUAAGUUAAUAAAUAUAUUCAUAUGUUAUAGUUGAUUAUAAUAAUUAUGAGUUACCAACUUUGUUAAUAAAUAGUGUUCAAAAUAUUUCAGUGCUUAUUGCCGUAAAUGUUUUUCUUCAGUAUUGUCACAAUUUGUUCCUGACAUUAUUAAAAAAAAACAGUUACAUCCAGUUGUUUUAAUUUAUUACGAGUUAUUAAAAUGCAACAUAUGGGAUACUUUAAGAUUCAGAUAACUGCGUUCUGAACGUGAACACGUCUGUUCCGAACAAGUUCAGAAGCAGUGAACAAUAUUUAAACAACACGAUUCCUUUACGUAAGUCUAUUUGUCUUCAUUGCGCAUGACUCAUUGUUUAUCUGACAUUAGGUGUACAAACAAUUAAAAGAAAUUUACGACCUGUUCAUGUGACUUAAGCCUUGAAAACCGAAAGAAUUUGAGUGCCUUCUGAAAAGACAUUUAACUGCAAAAGACAUCUGGAAAACAGAACGAACAGAGGAACGAAAUUAGAAAUGGAAUUCAAGACUAGAAUAUUAUAAAACCAGGUUUCGAACCAUGAAGAUAAUAAUGUUACUUGUCGAAACAUGUUUCUGGUCUUUCAAACACACACUGGUAGUACCUUCAUCAAGAUAAUUAUAUAUUCCGAAAUGAAAAACUGCUGAGCAUAAACGAAAAUAAAAGUGAUCAAGAACAGAAAUCAACAUCAGGUUGUUUCGGUGGAAACUACAAUUUUUUUUGAAAUUCUGCCGCAGUCUAAAACAGAAACUGCGCUGAAUUUUAAGUGGUUUACAAGCAGCAAGAGAUCUUUACUAUCAAAAAUGCAGUUCACUAACGCAAAGCGUACAAGAUUCGGACACUGCAUUCCUUUCAUUGUCUUGAUAUCCACAAUGAACGUAAACAGCAAAAUCUGCCUCAACGUCUGUGAAUGUCUCGGGGAAGAAGAAUAUAUAUUAGCGGACUGUUCAGGGCGUAACUUGAACAGAAUACCCGACAACAACAAUGUAACACUGUACUACAUUGACUUAUCCAAUAAUAUCAUCGAUGAAAUUAGAACGUAUGAUCUACGUGGGUACAAAGGAAUUCAUAUAUUGAACCUCAGCAACAACGGGAUUAGCAACAUUGAUGAAAAUUUAUUUCAUGAGUUGGUUAACCUGACGCAUAUUUAUCUGUCAGAAAACAACAUUUCCUACGUGCCACCUACCGUAUUUACUCGAAACUUAAAUUUAAAGAAAUUAUAUUUGAAAGGCAAUCCUUUAUCACUCUCGAAUCACACAUCAAUUUUGGUGUCAGAUUCUAUCACAUAUCUGGACAUUUCUUUUAGUAAUAUCACCCUUUUGCCUGCAGGAUGUUUCAUUUCUAUCCCCAAUCUUGUAGCAAUACGAUUAGAUGGAAAUAUAUUCACGAAUAUCAGUACUGAAACUUUCGAGCCUCUUCGAAAUUUAAAAGAAAUCUACAUGGAAUCAGAAAAAGGUGUUGUGGCAUCGUUCUGUGCGUUUCAGAAUUACCUUGCAAAACGCGAAAUUAAUUACUAUGGACCUUCUGUUUGCACUGACGAUAGCCAAAGUACAGCACCUCCCAUAUUAAAAGAAACUGCUCCCGUUUCCGCUGCAGUCGAGCUUAACCAAACACGAGAAGCAGUUGGUUUAGUCGUGCCAAGGACAAAACCCGAUAUAUUAGAAACAUCCACACCGUGUCCAAAACAGUUAUCACCCACCUUUAACGAGAGACACCAAACAGCAAACAUAUCAUCAAUUAUACAUACACAAAUUUCUGAAAACAUCAGCUACGAAACACAUACUCACGUAGAGUCAACUUCGGAGUCUCUACAAAGAAAUUAUUCAUCAAAAUCUGCGAUCACUGCCAUAAAUACUCUAACAAUUUACGUAACUUUGAUGUUUGUAUUAUUAAUUGAGUAAAGACUAACAAAGUACUACCAUAAUUAACGCAAUACGAUCUAUUAUGUUGUUACGAAAUCUCGUGAGUAUAUUCUUAAACGAAAGUGUAAUUAUUUUCAUUUAUGUACUUACAUC